AUGUUUUCACUCACACAAAGAUUCCAAGUGGUGAGCAACCAGGCCAUAACGUUCAGUUUAGUCAUCAUAGCAUUCGUAGUUGCAUCCUCGUGGAUCCAAUUAUUAUACCCAAGCAAUGUAUUCCAGAACACUACUUCAGCCAUAGCUAAUGUUACUCCCUCUAUGACUCUUAGAACUAGUAGGUAUUAUGGGUCUCAGAACGGUAAGCCUAAGGAAAAUGUGAGAGUCUCUUUUGAUCUGGAAUCUGACUUCAGUCCUCUAUUUAACUGGAAUACGAAACAAAUAUUCGUUUAUUUGACCGCUAAUUAUAAUUCUAGUGGCUCCAUCAAUGAAGUGACAUUUUGGGACGAUAUCAUCACCAGUAAGGAUAAAGCUUUAGUACAAUUGAAGAAUGCCAAAAGUAAAUACACAGUUUGGGAUUUGGAAAGUGGUUUAUCCGGGAAGGAAUUAGAUUUUAAAUUACAUUGGAACAUUCAACCAUGGGUGGGUCCCCUAGUAUACGGUGAGACUGACAUAUCCGGUGAUCAUAAGCUUACAGUGGAGGCAAGAAAGAAGAAUACGGAAAGUGGUGAUGCCGAAAAGGUCUCUAAGAGGAAGAAAAAGAGAACCAAGAAACAGAAAGUGAACUAG